AUGAGUUCAGCAUAUUCGAUUUUUCAUAUUGUUGAAGUUCAAUUGAUUCCCAAUAUUCCUGGCAAUGCCCGAUGGGUGCAACAUGGCAUAACUGUUGCUGGAGGUCGUGGAUGGGGUAGUGCCACCAAUCAACUCUACUAUCCUCACAGUCUCUUCAUUGAUGAUGAUGAAACAAUCGUCAUAGCCGACUGGGGCAAUGGUCGUAUUAUCCAAUGGAAGAUGGGUGACACGAAUGGACAAAUCGUAGCUGGUGACCAUGGUAGAGGAAAUCGAUUGGAUCAACUGGAAAAUCCAACCGAUGUGUUGAUCGACAAAGAAACUAAUAGUCUAAUUAUAUGUGAUAUCGGCAAUGAGCGAGUCCUACGAUGGUCUCGCGGUAGUGACACAACUGAAGGAGAAAUUCUGCUCGACAACAUCACUUGUGUGGGAUUGGCCAUGGAUGAUCAGCGAUAUCUUUACGUGUCUGGAGAUGAAAAAGUCACACGAUAUCAAAUGGGAGAUAAGAAUGGAACUAUCGUGGCCGGUGGCCAUGGCAAAGGUGCUAGUCUCAAUCAACUCAACGAACCGACCUACAUCUUUGUCGAUCGACAACAGGCUAUCUACGUGUCGGACCGUGACAAUCAUCGUGUGAUGAAAUGGGAUAAAGGUGCAAAAGAGGGGAUUGUUGUCGCUGGAGGUGAAGGCAAAGGGAAUAAUCUGACACAGCUGUCGUAUCCGCAAGGACUGUUCGCCGAUACAUUGGGUAACAUCUAUGUGACAGAUCAAGGGAAUGAACGAGUGAUGCGUUGGCCUAACGGAGCGAAACAGGGCACUGUCAUUUUAGGUGGAAAUGGUAGAGGAAACAGAGGAAAUCAACUGAACGGUCCCAUGGAUUUAUCCGUCGAUCGAUAUGGCCAUCUCUAUGUUGUCGAUAAUGGCAAUUAUCGAGUUCAACGAUUUUAUAUUGAAUAG